AUGAAUGCCUUCCAUCUUAUGCAGGGUAUGGGACAUGUUCUUGCGCUAGCUCAGGCCGCAGUGAGAGAGUCUUUUGUCGGCCCUAUGUUGAGAGAUCCGACAGAACCUACUGCAUCUCAACCGAUGCUACAAGAGUUGAAGGACCACUUGCCUGCACUGACUGCAUUUAUCGGAAACAAGACCGAUCUUCCGGAGGCUGAACGAAAAUUAUAUCUCACAACCAUGGCAUACUUUGAACCAGCUCUUCAAAUAUCGUUACCUCCUCGGGUCGAUAACCGAGAGCUACGUUUCCUGUUCUUUUGGCCUCUCCACUUGGACCCAGAAUUUAUGGAAUCUCUUCGACAGCGGAGAUCAGGCGCUAUCGCCAUUCUGAUGCAUUUCGCGGUUGUACUUCUCGCAGCUGAGCCUCGAUACUGGUUCAUGGAGGACUGGGGCCAUCGUGUGAUGAAGGCAUGCCAGAAGGUCAUCGAUCAAAGCUGGAUACCUGCUGUACAGUGGCCUCUGUCGUUUCUCGACCAAGUUCCAACAUGGGAUUUGUUCGCGAAUCUUACACGCCAAGGACAGAGUUCUGGACCGUUGACGGACACGUCAUCUACAUUACGGCAGCCGACAGUCAUUCCUCAACAAGAGCCUACCCCUAUGGGAUCUUCCGCUUCCCACGGCGAGGCGCCGCAGCCCUUCUCUUUACAACUACAAGGCACAAAGUAUGCCGUUCAGAUGGGUAGCGCAGUCGACGAACAGGUUCCAGACGAGGACUAA